UAAAGAACCGGUAAUCACAGACUCACCGGUCACCCAACCUGUAACCGAAACAAAAUAAGAAGUCACAUCAAUAUCUUCCCUCGUCAUCUUCAUUACUUUAAUUGCCUAAAAAAGUAUCCGUUUCUAUAGAACCUCUUAACUUCAGUGCUUCAAUGGUGGUUCUCAAGUUCGUGUUCUUCAAGUUAAAGACGUGAUCGAGAUUCUCGAGAAGAAACGGCGUGCGUGACUAGAAAAAAUAAAUUAAAAAGACUCGUAAAAGUUCAGAUCUGGAGUCCCAUCAUCAUCAUUAUCUUCACAAAGAACCAGCAAUGGAAGCGUGGAGGCUUUCUCUAUGGACUCUCUUCUCUCUGUAUCUAAUCAUCUCAGGAGCAAAAGCAGAUCCUUCACAAGACAAACGCGCGUUACUCGAGUUUCUAACCAUCACGCGCCCAACACGCUCACUCAACUGGAACGAGACCACUCCCCUCUGCAAAAACUGGACAGGAGUCACUUGCAACCACAACGAAUCUCGAAUCAUAGCCCUUAGAUUGCCAGCGAUCGGACUCAACGGUCAGAUUCCUCCCAACACCAUAAGCAGACUCUCCGCCCUCAGAGUCCUCAGCCUCAGGUCCAACAGACUCUCAGGCCCAUUCCCUGUGGGUCUCGCUGGGCUUAAAGACUUGGCCUUUCUUUACCUCGAGGACAACGACUUCUCAGGCCCGUUGCCUUUAGACUUCUUUGUUUGGAAGAAGCUCGUUAGUUUAAAUCUCUCGAAUAACAGAUUCAAUGGAACAGUUCCUGUCUCUCUCUCUGGUCUGAAACGGUUACAGUCGUUGAACCUCGCUAACAAUUCUCUCUCCGGUGUGGUUCCUGAUGAGCUAAAUGGGCUCUCGAGUUUGAAAGAGAUUGAUCUGUCUAACAACAACCUCCACGGACCGUUACCGAGCUGGCUGCUAAGGUUCCCACCGUCUUCUUACCAAGGGAUUGGUGAUGACGUCACUCACUUUCAACCACCUCCUGAACCACCGACUCGAAAGAAGCCUAAAGGAGUGACGAAGACGGUCUUCCUCCUCAUCGUUAUCUCUGUUUCGAUUUUACUUCUCGCGGUUUUAGCGUUUGUGUUUGCGCUUUGUUACUUGAGGCGCAAGGUAACGAUUGUUAAGGACCAUAAGCUGCAGAAGAAAGGAGGUAUGUCUCCGGAGAAGUUUGAUUCGAGGAUGGAGGAGGCUAACAACAGGUUGUCUUUCUUCGAAGGAUGCAGCUACUCGUUCGAUCUCGAGGAUCUCUUGAGAGCUUCCGCUGAGAUUCUUGGUAAAGGCACGUUUGGGACGACGUACAAAGCGGUUCUUGAGGAUGCGACUUCCGUCGCUGUGAAACGGCUUAAAGACGUUGCGGCUGGGAAACGCGAUUUCGAGCAGCAGAUGGAGAUCAUUGGAGGGAUUAAGCACGAGAAUGUCGUGGAGCUUAAGGCUUAUUAUUACUCCAAAGACGAGAAGCUUAUGGUUUAUGAUUACUUCAGCAGUGGAAGUGUGGCUUCUUUGCUUCACGGUAACCGAGGAGAUAACCGGGUUCCGUUGGAUUGGGAAACGAGGAUGAAGAUUGCGAUUGGUGCGGCUAAAGGGAUCGUUAGGAUCCACAAAGAGAACAAUGGAAAGCUCGUACAUGGGAACAUCAAGUCUUCCAACAUAUUCUUGAACUCAGAGCGUUACGGAUGCGUGUCUGAUCUUGGUUUAACAGCUGUGAUGAGCGCCUUGGCUCCACCCAUCUCUAGGCAAGCUGGUUACCGUGCGCCGGAAGUAACAGACACAAGGAAGUCUUCUCAACUCUCAGAUGUUUAUAGUUUUGGUGUUGUAUUGCUCGAGCUACUCACCGGAAAAUCCCCCAUUCACACUACCGCAGGAGAUGAGAUUAUACAUUUGGUUCGAUGGGUACAUUCGGUAGUGAGAGAGGAGUGGACUGCGGAGGUUUUUGACGUGGAGCUUUUGAGGUAUACAAACAUAGAGGAAGAGAUGGUUGAGAUGUUGCAGAUUGCUAUGUCCUGUGUUGUCAAAGCACCUGACCAGAGACCCAAGAUGUCUGAUUUGGUUAGACUUGUGGAGAGUGUCGGAAACCGACGAGCCAGUCUUGAGACUAAACCAGAAAAGGAGGCCUCCGAGACUUCCACGCCGAGUGAAACUUGAUGAAUCUACAGAAAAUGAAGAAGCUGUUGAUAUAUGAAGUUUGUAUACUCUCUUCUGUUGAUCCUCUCUUCUUCGGUUAGAACCGGUUUAAUUCAACACAUUUCUGGCUA